ACAGCAGCUGUUUCGCAGCGUCUUUCAAAAAUCAGGGUCUAAAUUUCGUAAAAGUUCCGCUGAUUCAGUCAUGAUUUUGUUUCUCGUUUUAAUUCUAAGCCUUGAUUUGGGAAGCUCAGAGAACGUGAAGCUCUCAAUAAAUGGGAAGUAUUUAAACUAUGUGGCUGAAGUGGUAGAUAAGGUUUUUGUGGAGGGGUACGGAGCGACACUUGUUGGCAGGGAACUCCCUGGUGCUGAAGGAACAAUGUACAAGAUACACAACCUAGUAAUGAACGAGAUAGACCUAGGUAAAAGCUCCGGCUCCCUCCAAAACGGCUCCAUAUCCCUCUCCCUUAACAACGCCACCGCAAGUGUCUCCGGCAGCUACGAAGCUUACACCUUCUGGACAACAUAUGGUAACCUUACCCUUGACAUAGCCGGUUCUCUGCACCUUGACAUCAGCGUGGCAGAAAACAACACCCUGAACAUGACCAGCUGUACCGCUAACUACACCACAAUGGACCUGGACCUCCAGAAGUCCUCAGUAAACUGGCUGGCUCCCAUCCUGAAACCCACCAUUGAAAGCACAGUACGUGAUAUACUGUGUGGGUUAGUGGACACGUACAUGAUAAACAUCACCAACAACCUGAUACGUGACAUGCCCACCAAGAUAUCAGGAGAAGGGGGAGCUGCAAGUGUGGAGGUGGUAGGUAUAGAGAUAACACCAGCUACCAUAGAUCUGUCUGUACAGGUAGGGAAAGAAGAGAAUGUGACCAUCUCCGGGUUCACUUCAAUGCACCAGGACGUGUGUUUACAAACUAGAGAGGAAGUGGCGGGGAAACUCUCCAAAAUAUUCCUCCCCCCAGGUAAACUGUCUACCUCUCUCAACGUCAUAUCUCUACUGUACGGAGAGAACACGGCUGGUAAGGACGAUGUUAACCUCCGCAUGACAAACAGCAAGUCGCUAAGAGUAGGGUUCGCUGCUGGCAACACUAUUCUAGCAUCCGCCUCAGUCGAAACUGACAUCAGGGUUAAACACAAGGAUUCCAGCGAGGAGGAGUCGCUAGGGAAGGUUGCAAUGGGAGGUACGAUAUCAGCACGGUGCGACUACCCGGGGAGGAAACAUGUGGCGCAGUAUGCAGUUAACAAGCUCAUACCUGGCAACACGUUUGUCAAGCUGAACGGGUUCAACUUGGCGACUACUAAGAGAGGUGUUGUGGGGUGCUCCAUGAUGAAGCUUAGAGAGUCAUUUAUUCAGGAGAUUAUCAGCAAGAUGACUUCUUAGAUUUUCAUUCAAACUUGAUAAACAUGAUUUAAACU